CUGAGGGUCUGGAUGGGUGUGGCAGACGACAGACGUGCCGCAGAGGGUGGACCGAGCACACAGACCGCUCUGUCCGGCUCUUCCGGGGGCUGGUGGUGGGCGCAUGAGCUGGCUGUCCGGCCCUGUUACCUCCGCCCCCAGUUUCCUUUGGCCCCCGGCCUGGUCUUGGCGCCUCAGGCCUUGGGAUUUUCCGUCUCUCCUGCCUGAAGUGGUGACUCAUAAGGCCCAGGGGAUUUGCCCGGAAUCCCCAUUUUUCAGGCUUGGAUUGGGGACACAGACUCUUGGGGGACAGUGAUUCCCAGACAGUUUGAAUGGCGGCUUGCGCAUCCCUCCUCACUUUCUGUUUCUUUCCCAUGGAGGGAAGUUCUCAAAUCAUAGUGAGCAACAUGGAGGACCUGGAGGGCCCUGGACUUGCUCACCAGUUAAAAGAGGGGAGGCAGGCAGCCCACAGCCCACCAGCCUGCCCUCUCCCAGGCAUUCAGAAAGGGCAGGCAUUCAGAAAGGGCAGCAGUCCACCUGGACCCAGAUACCACUCCUGGUCACCCCCACCUCCCCCUUGGUGAGGCCCGGGACCCUACUUCCAGACCCCUUUCUCCUCGAGGGUGUCGUCCACAGGCCGAGCAGCCCAAAGUCCUGAGUGCCGUGGAGGACCGCAUGGAUGAGCUGGGCGCAGGCAUCGCUCAGUCCCGGCGCACGGUGGCCCUCAUCAAGAGCGCAGCCGUGGCAGAGCGGGAGAGGGUGAGCCGGCUGUUUGCCGAGGCUGCGGCCGCCCUGCAGGAGUUUCAGACGGAGGUGCUGGGCUUCAUCGACGAGGGGGAGGCGGCCAUGCUGGGCCGCUCCCAGGGCGACCUGCGGCGGCAGGAGGAGCAGCGGAGCCGACUCAGCAGGGCCCGCCACAACCUGAGUCAGGUCCCCGAAGCCGACUCGGUCAGCUUCCUGCAGGAGCUCCUGGCACUCAGGCUGGCCCUGGAGGAAGGGUGCGGCCCCGGGCCCGGACCCCCGAGGGAGCUCAGCUUCACCAAGUCCUCCCAGGCUGUGCGCGCCGUGCGGGCCGUCCUGGCUGCGGCCUGUUCCAGCCAGUGGGAGCAGCUGCGGGGGCUGGGCGGUGAUGAAGACGGGCUGCAGAAGCCGGGCACGGAAGCAGACGCUGAGUCCCAGGACCCCGACAGCACCAACAACCUAGAGAGUGAGGCUCCCAGGGAUUACUUCCUCAAGUUUGCCUACAUCGUGGACUUGGACAGUGACACAGCCGACAAGUUCCUGCAGCUGUUUGGAACCAAGGGCGUGAAGAGGGUGCUGUGUCCUAUUAACUACCCCGAGUCGCCCACCCGCUUCACCCACUGCGAGCAGGUGCUGGGUGAAGGCGCCCUGGACAGGGGCACCUACUACUGGGAGGUGGAGAUCAUCGAGGGCUGGGUCAGUGUGGGGGUCAUGGCCGAAGACUUCUCCCCACAAGAGCCCUACGACCGGGGCCGGCUGGGCCGCAACGCCUACUCCUGCUGCCUGCAGUGGAACGGUCGCAGCUUCUCCAUCUGGUUCCACGGGCAGGAGGCACCCCUGCCGCACCCCUUCUCGCCCACCGUGGGGGUCUGCCUAGAAUACGCCGACCGAGCCCUGGCCUUCUACGCCGUACGGGAUGGCAAGAUGAGCCUCCUACGGAGGCUGAGGGCCUCCCGGGCACGCCGGAGUGGCAUGCCGGCCUCCCCCGUUGACCCCUUCCAGAGCCGCCUGGACAGCCACUUUGCAGGGCUCUUCACGCGCAGGCUCAAGCCUGCCUUCUUCCUGGAGAGUGUAGACGCCCAUCUGCAGAUCGGGCCCCUCAAGAAGUCCUGCAUAUCCGUGCUGAAGAGGAGGUGAUGUGGGGGCCCAGGGCCUCCUCCCACCACUGACCCAGCUCCCAGGAAGCUUGCUUCUCUGCACUCCUGGUUUGAACCAGAGAAGGCACCAGCCUCGGACCCCCACACAUUCCCCAGCCUUCUCAUUCCUAGAGGCCUCCACCUUCUGUACCCAAGGCCUUCCACCACUCAGGGAGGAGGCCCCCCAGACCCUGUCCCCCUGCAGGCCUUGUUUCUGGGAGAAUGCAGCUUGAACAUUUCCAGGCUACCCUGAUCCCCCCUCUCCCAGGUUCCUGGGACAGGGCCUGGCACAUAGUAGGUGCGCAAUAAACGUUUGGUGUAUGAACGAC